AUGAUGAUACUGAUGACUGUAUUCGGAAACGUUCUCGUUGUCCUGUCUGUGGUUGUCUAUAAACGAAUGCGUACAUUUACUAAUAUUCUCUUAACCUCAUUAGCCACUGCAGAUCUUUUGGUGGGAUUUGUCGUGAUGCCAAUGUCACUUCUCGAUUUGCUUCAUAAUCACCAAUGGCCUCUAGGAAAAUUCCUGUGUGGCUUAUGGGCCACCUCUGAUGUGCUGCUUUGUACUGCUAGUAUUUUGAAUCUUUGUGUAAUUAGCCUGGAUCGAUAUAUGGCUAUCACUUCACCGCUCAAAUAUCCGAGGACAAGGUAG